ACUAUUAUUUUAUUUAUUUCCGAAGUACAUACAAUAUUCGAUUACUCAGUCGAAGGUCACUCUGAUCGUUCUUCGGAAGUUCAGCCAUGGAAUUCCGCUGUGGCUUCAUCUUCUGCCUCUUGAUUUGUUCAUCUGUGGCUUUUCAAUCCGACGAGCUUCUCGUUGAUGAUGACGAAUUUGAAGGGACUCAUCAGAUUCAGUAUACCGAUGCCGCUCAUACCCGAUCCACACCUCCUCCAAGCCGUCCGACAUCGACUAGGAGGCGAUUUUCUGAUCCUGAUUCGGAUUCUAAGGUCCAAUUUCAGCUAGAGCACUCAUUUGGGGAUUCUGAUUUCGCUUCUGCUGGCUUAUUUACUGCACGUCUGAAGACUUCGAGCCAUGGUGGUCAGUCACUUACAAAGAUGCGGUUUUCAAGAAAUGCUUUUACCGAAGAGGAUAAGAAGAAGUUCACGACCUUGUUGCAAGAAGAUGGUUUCUACAGAGUAAGAUUGGCAACAAAUGUUUUGAAGUCAUCGGGAGAGAGCUAUGUUUACUCAUCAGUGAAAGCAAGAUGUCUUCCACGAGGAGAGUUGGAUGAGCAUUUUGUCAUACACAUGGAUGGUGUUAAUAUUUUGGCCGUUAAUUAUGGCACCCCUGGUGCAUGCCCGUUUCCCAGACAAUUGAAACUUCCUUCAAAAUGGUCUUUUAACUCUUUCACAUUUUUGAAGAGCGGCGAGCAGGCUCCUAGAACUCCUGUAUUUGCUGAUGACAUACUUGUUGGUGAGCCUGGAGAAGGGGAAGGUGUAAAGCCACCUGAAAAGUCAUUUUGGGCUAAAUAUUGGAUGUACCUGAUACCACUUGGAUUGAUUGUUAUGAAUGCCAUAACACAAGCUAUGAACAUGGCUGAAGAACAAGUUAGUGGUCAAGCAGCAGGACAAGGACAGCCACAGCAGUCAGCCACCGCAAUACAGCGCGGACCAGGUUCUUCUGCGGUAAGACGGCGAUAGAAACUUUAGUUGCGUUAGAAAAACCGACAGGAAAGCACCCACGUGAAUUGGUUUGUUUUCCUUGUAGUUUUCAACAUGAUGAUUGAACUUAGAUAAUUUUUUGGGGAUGCAUUCAUUUCUAACUUCACUAGCAACAGAAACUUUGUUCAAGAGCAGAAUACUGUAAAUCCUAUUUAUUUGUUUGACUGAUGUUCAACUUCCAUUUGAGACUCCCAGUUAAAUUUUCUCUGUGAAA